GUCAGGUGGUUGCGCCGCAGCCAUGGAGGGAGGCGGCGGCGGCGGCUGCGGCUCGGGCGGCUGCGCUGGGAGGCGGCGGUGAGCGACUCUCACGCCCCCGGCCCGGCCCCGGCCCCGGCCCCUGGGACGGAGCGCCGAGCAGCCCCGGCUCCGGGCUUCGGACUAUGGGCGAGCAGCGCUGAGCACCGGGGGAAGGUUGGAUGCCGGUCUGUUGGCGGCGGAAGGAAGAGAUGACAGCCACCUUCAGUGGCCGGAUAGACUUUGCUCUGUUCUAAGUCACAGGAGAAAACCGGUCGGCUUUGCUUGGUUUUGAGGACGAGCUGAGAUGAAGCGGAGAGCAUCAGACAGAGGAGUUGGGGAAACGUCGUCAGCAAGAGCGAAGGCUCUGGGAAGUGGAAUUUCCGGGAAUAAUGCAAAGAGAGCCGGACCAUUCAUCCUUGGUCCCCGUCUGGGCAACUCACCAGUGCCAAGCAUUGUGCAGUGUUUGGCAAGGAAAGAUGGCACAGAUGACUUCUAUCAGCUGAAGAUCCUAACCCUUGAGGAGCGGGGGGACCAAGGAAUAGAAAGCCAAGAGGAGAGGCAAGGCAAGAUGCUGUUACACACCGAGUACUCUCUGCUUUCCCUCCUCCACACGCAGGAUGGCGUGGUUCACCACCAUGGGCUCUUCCAGGACCGCACCUGUGAAAUUGUUGAGGAUACAGAAUCCAGCCGAAUGGUUAAGAAGAUGAAGAAGCGAAUCUGUCUCGUCCUUGACUGCCUAUGUGCACAUGACUUCAGUGACAAGACUGCCGACCUCAUCAACCUGCAGCACUAUGUCAUCAAGGAGAAGAGGCUCAGCGAGCGGGAGACUGUGGUCAUCUUCUACGACGUGGUGCGGGUAGUAGAAGCCCUACACCAGAAAAACAUCGUGCACAGAGACCUGAAACUUGGGAACAUGGUGCUCAACAAGAGGACGCAUCGGAUAACCAUCACCAACUUCUGCCUCGGGAAGCAUCUUGUGAGUGAGGGGGACCUGUUGAAGGACCAGAGGGGGAGCCCCGCUUACAUCAGUCCAGAUGUGCUCAGCGGUCGGCCAUACCGAGGCAAGCCGAGCGACAUGUGGGCCCUGGGCGUGGUGCUCUUCACCAUGCUCUAUGGCCAGUUCCCCUUCUAUGACAGCAUCCCACAGGAGCUCUUCCGUAAGAUCAAGGCCGCCGAGUACACUAUCCCUGAGGAUGGACGGGUUUCAGAGAACACUGUGUGUCUCAUCCGGAAACUGCUAGUCCUCGACCCCCAGCAGCGCCUGGCCGCAUCUGAUGUCCUGGAGGCCCUCAGCGCCAUCAUUGCUUCGUGGCAGUCCCUGUCAUCUAUGAGCGGACCUUUGCAAGUGGUUCCUGAUAUUGAUGACCAAAUGAGCAGUUCAGACAGCUCCCAGGAGGCAAAAGUUACAGAGGAGUGCUCCCAGUACGAGUUUGAGAACUACAUGCGCCAGCAGCUGCUACUGGCUGAGGAGAAGAGCUCCAUCCACGAGGCCCGCAGCUGGGUGCCCAAGCGGCAGUUUGGCAGUGUGCCACCGGUGCGACGGCUGGGCCAUGACGCACAGCCCAUGAACCCCUUGGAUGCAGCCAUCCUGGCACAACGCUACCUGCGGAAAUAGCAGGCUCAGGCGGGGCCACCAGCACCACCGCCAGCUCUCCUGGCCCCCAGCCAACAGCCGGGCUGGUGGGUCUGGACCCUGUAGUGCCGAACUCUCUCCCAGGUGGCCGCAGGGACGAGGCAGGGACAGCACAGGUCACACAUGGGGUCAGCAGAGGUACCACGAUGCUACCUUUUGGAAUGAUUGCUUGAUUGUUUGGUUUUUUUAAUCUGAGAAGCCUAGAUAACUAAUCUGCUUUUAAUCAUGACGUUUUAAUCUACCUCUGUCUCUUUAACCAUGCUGUCUCCGGACUGAGUGAGAGGGAGGAGGAGGGAGCCCACCCACCUGCCCAGGGGUCUGGCCCAGCCACCCCACCCACCCAGCCCGGGGCAGCUGCUCCCCACAGUCCAAAUAAGCUGAAAGUGCAGCUCGCUGCUGGCUCCCAAAAUGAACAUCCAUUCCCACUACCCUCCCACCAUCCCUUUGCGUCCCCAGGCCCCUCAGUCUAAGCUUUGAAAAGCCUUCACCUCAUCUUAACCGGAAUUCAAAUAUAUUUAUUUUUGUAUUGAAACCAGCUUCUUUCCCAUCUCUAGGAGGUUCAUCCCAUGGCUACUCCCUGCCCCCAGCCUGACUGGAACUGGGGAGUCCUCAGCCCUCAGAUGGCCCCUCCAUGGACCCCAGACUUAAGAGAAGCCCCUCCUGGCCCCUCCUCUCCACCUCCAGCCACCAGUCCCUCUUUGUUUCUGGGAGGCCUUUCUACACUUGGCUCUGUUUCUCCAUCUCAGUAGCUUCUCUGAGGUGCUGUACACUUGCAUUAACCCUGGUCUCCUUCCUCACCCCUUACUGUGGUACUGAACUAAUGCUGACAGAGACCCGCGGGUCCCCACACCCCACAGUGUUCAGAGAACUGGUGGCACUCCUCUGCUGCCCCUGCCUCAGAAGAGAUGUAGCAUCUCUCCCACUGGACCCCAGCCAGGGUCCUGCAUGGGGCUAGGGGCUCAUAUGGAGAAUAGGGAGUGGAGAGCUCUGCCUGGUUGGAGAACAGCUCUGCUGCCGUUUUUGAGCCGAGAUUUUUGAAGUGGAUGCCUGUCUUGCCAGAAACGCUGUUCUCACCAGAAUGCCCUUCCCUCCCCUCUUCCUCACUGGACUUGGCCCUGCCCCAGGCCUACUUCCUGCCCCCAACCAUGGAGAGGCCUAGCGGUCCCCUCCAGGCAGCUUUGGGCCCUCAGGCCCUCCCUGCCUGUCCUUGCUCCCCAGUGAGGAGGUGACCAAGGCCUCCAUGACCUUGUUUCCCAGAGUGUGAGCUGCCCCCUCCCCAAAAGCUGACUCACUGUGAGUGACUUGGGCAAGGUCCCAAACCUCCUUGUGCCUCAGUUUCCCCAUCUGGAAAAAAUGGGGCCACCUCUUGCCAGCAGUAGCAGGGCCGCCCAUGCCCCUUCCUCCCCAUGUCCCACCCCAGCACUCGGGCAUCUUGUGCCUCUGCCUCAGCGGGUCUGUGGGACCCUUCCUGAGUCCAGCACUUAUCCCGUGAGCAUCAAACUCUGCCUCUGACAGCUUCCCAGAGCUGAGAGCCAGAGCCUCGAGCUGCAGGGGCCAGGGACACCCUCUUUUCUAUAUUUAUUUCAGAAAUAAGUCUCCUCCUAAGGGAGUCAAAGUGCAGUCCGCCUAGGGCUCCCAGCCCCUGUGACUGUCCUCUGAGGGUCCUGGCUGAGCCCCUUGUGCCAGCAGCCUGCCCAGGCCCCCUGGGCCUGCUUGCCACCUGUGGUCUUUUUUCCUCCUUUUCAAAGCAAUAUCCUCCAGGUCUACAAAGUCCUGUCAGACAGACUGGCCCCUGCCAAGGUCAUCCCAUGUGUCUGAUUACAUUUUUGGCAAAGCAAAUGAGAGGAGGUUGGGUCGGCCCUCACUGAGUGUCACACGCUGAGAGAAGUCCUAUUGUAAAGAUAACAAAAUGGAAAAAAGUCACAAAAAAGUUUGUAUAAAGACAUAUUUUUGUACUACAUGGGGACUCUUCCUGCAUGUCAGCAAUAAAACUUCCUGAUCUGGAACCAC